AUGCUAAAAUCAUCAUCAGCACUUUCGAGAAUUAUUUCGGGAGUAAAGAAUCAAAAUACAACAACACUCAAAAAUAUUCUUCUGAUUAAUAGUAUUAAUAAUAAUAAUUGUAGAACAUUUAAAAGUCAAAAGAAAGAUCCAACCAUACCUAAUUUUGAACUUCUUCUUACAGAAAAAAAUCAACCAAAUAAUUUUCCUUACAAACACAUUUCCGAUGAGUCAACAGGUCUUAUUGGUUUGGAUAUUCAAAAAUUAACUGAUUUUGAUAAAUUGAUGGAUAAAGCUCAUCAAAAUUGUGAUAAUUUAAGAAAUGCAAUUAUAAAUUUAACGGAGGAGGAAUGCAGUUCUAAAAAAGAUUUUGCAGAAAAGAUUUUGGACAUGUCUGAUGAAAUUUCUAAUCAAUUAUGCCUUUUUUUAGAUGCUAUGGAAUUUAUUAGAUGUGUAGAUCCAAGAAAUCCAUUCAGACAAAAGGCUGAUACUGUACAUUCUAAAUUUUCUCAAUAUCUUCACAAAUUGAAUACUGAUUCACUCCUUCAUCAAAAAAUAGCAAGUGUUGUUAAAGACAAAUCAUUUGCAGAAUACUUAAAUCCUUUACAACAACGUUGUUUAAGAUUACUUCAAGAGGAUAUGGAAAAACAUGGAGGUGUACAUCAACAAAAGGAAGAAGCAAAAACAGUUGAAUUAAGAUCAUACAUGGAUUCUUUGGCAUAUUUAUUUAGUGAAUCCGUAUCAAAAUUCAAUAAUUUGGAAACUAAAGAUGCUGUACUUGUUGAAGUUAAACAAGGAGAACCACUUUAUAAUUCUAAAUAUAUUUUCUCAUAUGAAGGAAAGCAAUUUGUGAGACCUUCAUAUUACAAUCAAAUAUUAGUGAGCUUGAAGGAUGAAGAUACCAGGAAAAAGAUUUAUCAUGCCAAAUAUUCUUCCUCUGAGACAAACUUGUCAAUUUUAGAUGAAUUAUUGCAAGUCAGAGAUACAUAUGCUAAGGAUAUGGGUUAUCCUUCUUAUUCUCACUGGUUUUUACAUGACCAAUGUGCCAGAAAUCCAGAAAAUGUACACAAAUUUUUAACAGAUUUGGCUCAAAGCAUAAGGCCAAAAGUUGAACAAGAAAUUGAUGUAAUGAGAGCUAUCAAGAAGAGUGAUGAUAUUUAUCCAUGGGAUUAUCAUUUGCUUAGAUCAAUUGCCACUCAAAAGGUCGAACCUUUCUCAGUUUCAGUUUCUGACUAUUUCCCACUUCAUAAGGUAAUGGAAGGAAUCUAUUCUAUUUGUUAUAGCCUUUUUGGUAUUCGAUUGGAGCCAGUUAAGAUGACAGAUAGCGAAACCUAUCAUCCAAGUAUUAGAAAAUUAUCAGUAAUCCAUGAAACAGAAGGAUUUUUGGGUACAAUUUACUUGGAUCUUUUCAGUAGACAAUCAAAGAAUGUUGAAGCUGCAAACUUUAGUAUUCGAUGUGGAAAGACCACAAUAGAUCAAAAACCAGUUACUGCCCUUGUUUGUAAUAUUGAUCCUACAGUCGUAGACAAUUUCUCAGCAGAACGUGUCUAUCUAUUAAGCCACUCUGAAGUAAUUACCAUCUUCCACGAGUUGGGUCACAGUCUUCAUAUUAUUUUCGGACAAACUCCAUAUCAAAAUCUCUCUGGUACUAGAACUAGUAUUGAUUUUGUUGAAACACCUUCACAAUUUAUGGAACAUUUUGCUUGGGAUUACAGAGUUCUGCAAACAUUUGCUAGACAUUACAGAACUGAUGAACCACUGCCUUACUCACAAUUUGAAAUUUUAAAGAAGAGAAAACAAAUGUUUACAGGAUUGGAUAUUGAAGAACAAAUCAUGUUUGGAUUAAUGGAUAUUACUUAUCAUAGUGGAUGGCCAAUUAUCGAUCCAGUUACAAAAACUAAGAAAUCAAUUCCACAGGUUUAUUACGACUUGAGAAAGCAAUACUCUGCUCAACCUCAUUGUGAAAUGACAUCAUACCCUGGUCAAUUCAUUCACUUUAGUAAUUACGGCGCUGGUUAUUACUCUUACCUCUACUCUAAAGUUUUCAGUGAUCAUUUGUGGUAUAAAUUCUAUUAUCCACUCGAAAAUCCACUCAACAGAGAAGCAGGCGAAAAGUUUAGAAAGGAAGCAUUGUGUGGAGCUAGCAAGGAUCCAACAGAAAUUGUUCGAAACAUGCUUGGUGAAGAACCAAAUCCUUCUUAUUUCUUAAAACAAUUCGACUAG